AGAAAAAAGCCACCGAAGAACGCAAAAUCGAGAGAAAAGCACAGUGCUAUACACGAGGAGAGGACGAGGGACAAUGGGGCUGAGCCUUGCGCAGGCGGUGACGGCGCUGAUGGGCACGUGCGCGCGCGGGCUGUCGCGGGCGGCGAGGCGGCUGCACCUGCGGCCGCGGCAGGGGCUCGCGGCGUCCUUGUCGUCGUCACGCGCCGUCGUGCCGUUCCUCGGCGGCGGCGGCGGAGCCAUCAAGAAGGCCAGGUCGAAGUCGAAGAGGAGGAGAGGGGAAGAUGAAGAUGGGCUGAGCUUCGAGGCAGAGGACGGGGUGUGGAGGAAGGAGAUCAUGAUGGGGGAGCGCUGCCAGCCGCUGGACUUCUCCGGAGCCAUCUACUACGACGCCGAGGGCCGCCGCCUCGAGCAGCCGCCGACCCCGCGCUCGCCGCUUCGCAGCCCGCUGCCGGCGUCCGUCAUGCUCACCGCAAACGCCGGAGGGCACUAGCGGCAGCCUCGGUUUCGCUGUAAAUGUACAUGGCUUUCUUGCCCGCUCUCUCUCUCUCUCUCUCUCUCUCUCUCUCUCUCUCUAGACUUGGCGUGUGCUGCGAGUUCCAUGUAAAAGUUUAUGGAAAUUUGGGUUGCUGUUCUCUAGAAGUUGGCGCGGCGGCGGCUCUCAUACAGUUCUCGCUCUGAUCCAUCAUCGUCAACAUUACUUGCUUGUGAUUUGUGA